GUGACGUGAGGCAGAGCAUUGUGGGUCCUCACAGUCUCUUUCCGGCCACAGAAAACAACAUGACAAAGGGUACCUCGUCAUUUGGAAAGCGCCACAACAAGACACACACGCUGUGUCGGCGCUGUGGCCGCUCUUCCUACCACAUCCAGAAGAAGAGAUGUGCCCAGUGUGGAUACCCUAGCAAGAAGACCAGACGCUACAACUGGUCGGUGAAGGCCAUCCGCAGGAAGACCACUGGCACUGGCCGCCUGCGUCACCUGAAGGUCGUGUACCGGCGGUUCAGGAAUGGCUUCCGUGAAGGCACAAAGCCCCAGCCGAAGAAGACAACCGCGCAGUAAAUGUUGCUCUCAAUAAAGAAAUAUUGAAAA